AUGGCGAAGAGACCACAGUGGUCGGACAUUAUCUGUGUUCCACGUUCCAGUUUUCUUAACUUUGUAGUCGAGCAUAGCAUAACUGUUAUAGUCGAGCUUAAUUGUUGUGUCGAGCAUAGCAGAAUUGUUGUAGUCGAGCAUUUAAUGUUGUUAAUUUUAUGUGGUCGAGCAUUUUAUGAAACUGUGGUCGAGCAUAUUUAUUUUUGUGGUCGAGCAAAUGUGUUUUUUUGGUCGAGUAUGAUGAUUGAAGUGAAUAUUAAUUUGGUUAUUUUGGUACAUCAAGCUCUACUACGACAAGUUGUAAACUCUUCUAAAGAAGAAUCUGGUGUGAUAUUAUUCAGGUUCAAAUUUGCUGGAAAGAGGGCAACAUUUUCUAUUGCUGAAUUUGCUCUUAUCACUGGUUUGUUAUGUGGUGAUGUCCCUCCCCUGUCUAGCUUGAUUGACACUUAUGUGCAUAGGAUUAGGGACUUGUAUUUUGGUGGAAAUAAGAGCAUUGGUAGAAAUAAGUUAGAUGAAGUUUUCAUGAGUUGUGAUCCUGAACCUGGAAAGGAAGAAGAUGUGUUGAAGCUAGCUCUGGUAUAUUUUUUGGAGUCUGUUUUACUGCCUAGGGAGCGUAGUAGGAACAUAGAUAUCCAGUGGUUGCAAUUGGUUGAUAAUGUUAAUGUGUUUAAUAAGUAUCCAUGGGGAUCUGUGAGCUAUGCACGUACUGCAAAGUCUCUUGCAUCUGUCAUGGUAGGUCGUGCUGAAAAAUUUAAAAAAAGAUCGACAAAGAUGGAAAAGUACAGCAUAUAUGGAUUCCCGCUAGUACUUCAGAUAUGGCUUUAUGAAGCGGUGCCGCGCAUCGGUAUGUCUUAUGCAAAUGUGAGGGAAGAAAACCGGUUUCCCCGAAUAUUGAACUGGAGCAGCACUGCCACUCCAGAAUCUAAUGCUAUUGUCUCCAAUAUUUUUGAUAUGAAAAAGCUAGAAGUGCAUGAUACACUUGUCCCUACUGAUUUAGAGUUAGGGCAGGAAUAUUUGAGUAGUAUUGGGAGCCCCAAGUUAAAGGAGACGACCAAUGUUGUGGGGAGCUCCAAGACAAAGAAGAAGAGCUCAAAGAAGAAGAGCAAUGUAGCGGAUGAGGGCAAUGUUGCGGUGGAUGCGUUUGAGAAUUUGUUUGGAGAUGAGGACAAUAAUCGGCACAACCCUAAGAUUGAGCGGGAGGAUGAUCCAAUGGGAAGAGUUAUUGAGAAGUUACUUGGGAUGGAGAAGUUGUUGAUUGAGCAGAAAAAAAUAAAUAGGUUGUUGAGGAAUGAGGUUACAACUUAUUUUGAUGCAUUUUUCCAGUCUGUGGAGGAUAAUAUGAAGACAGUAGUGGAAUUUAGAAUAGGAACUAACAUGGAGGUGGAUGAUGAGGUUCUAAGUGAUGAGAUUGAACCUCAAAACAAGGGGUUGGAGAAUAAGGAGAAUGAUACGAAGGAGGAGGAGGAUAAGGUGGAGGAAAAUGAGGAAAGGGUGGAGAAUGAGGAGAAGGAGGAUGAUGUAGUUCAAGUAAAAGAGAAUAAGGAGAAGGAGCCGGAGCCGGAGCAGGAGCAGGAGGAGGUGGAGGAGGAGAAGGUGGAGAAGGAAGAAGUUGGAGUUCAAGUAAAAGAGAAUGAGGAGAAGGAUGAGAAUAAGGAGGAGGAUGAGGAGGUGGAGGAGGAGGAGGAGGAGGUGGAGAAGGAAGAAGCUGGAGUUCAAAUAAAGGAGAAUGAGAAGAAUGAGGAAAAGGAUGAGAAUGAGGAGGUUAUAGUUGGAAGAAAUGAUGCGGAGUUGCCAAGUAUGGAGCUGGAAGCUGUGGAUGAACUAUUAGAGCUUUCAAAGCAUCGGUUUACACCAGAGAAGAUAAACAAGGACUCUGAAGGAGUGGAGGAGAUUAGAGAGUCUCAGUUUCCCACGGCUACACCAGGUGGGACACGCAAGUAUACCAGAAAUAAGAAUAAGCGUGCGAAGAGGCCUGGACCACAAACAAAAACACCAUUUACCUCCCCCAGCUUCAAGAGGAGGAAACUUAUGGUGGAAAAUGAGACAGUUAAUCCAUUGACAGACGCUCCAAUAUUACAGUUGAAGCGAGCGUAUCCAAAGGAAUGGGCACGCGAUUUACUUGCUUUUAUGAAAGACAAUACACUUGAAAGUAAGUUGAUAAGUUGGGAGCCAUGUCAAGUAGACAAGAAUUGGUUUGUGGAUGCCAUCAGACCAGAAACCUGGUUAUCGGACAAGCACCUUGAUGUGGCAAUGUACCAUAUUCGUAGAAGGAUUGCCAAUAACCCUGAAGUUUUUAAGAAGAAGUCUGCAGUGCUCGACAGUUUUUUCUUUGUCCGGGUUACGCAGGCUUUCAUACUUUUCAAUGAAAGCAAGGAUUGUUCUUGGGACAAUGAUAAUCUGAUUUUGGACUAUGUAAUAGGAGAAAGUCCAGUGAAAUCUGUGUCUUGGUCUAACGUAGACUACGUUUACUUCCCUGCCAACUUCAACAAUGCACAUUGGGUGGCUGUAGAGAUGAUCUUGGGGGAAAGACAGAUUAACGUGUAUGACUCACUUACAAGCUGCACAAAAAUUCCAAAAUUUAAUGAAUUAAUGCAGCCCUUGAAGUUAAUGAUGCCAUACAUAUUAAGAGCAGCUGCGAUAAAUGAUGAAAAUCUCUCUCCCUGGAAACUUAAAAGGGUACCAUCCUGCCCUCAGCAAAAUAAUGGAGGAGAUUGUGGCAUGUUCACCAUCAAGUUCAUUGAAGUAUUAACUGCAAGCAUGCCAGUUAGUUUGAUAACUCAAGAGGACAUGGUAUUCUACAGGAAAAAGUUCACUAUGGAGGCAUGGGGUGGAGAAUUUUUAAUGUAA